AGAAGAUUAUUAUAGCGCUAGCUCGCAAAAGGUUUUCACGUAGUUUUCAUAAACGUUUGGAAGUUUGUUACAACUUUGUGACCAGUAUAAUAGCAGCACAAUGGCCGCCCUUAUGUCAGCAGAACAACAAGCAGAUAUGGAACUGCGUCAGAUGAAAGACUUUCUGAACACGUACAAUCGCCUAUCGGAGCAGUGCUUCACAUCGUGCUGCACAGACUUCUCUACGCGGACGGUCACAAAGACAGAGACCCAGUGCGUCACGUACUGCGUGGACAAGUUCCUCAAGAUGACGCAGCGCAUCUCGCAGCGCCUGCAGGAGUACCAGCAGCUGCAGAGCGAAGGCGGCGGCAGCACGCUCUCCUAACCACCAGUACGCUCCGGCCCGAGUCUAUCAAACUAUUACCGCAGUGCCACUCUCACUUCCCACGUGCUACUGGCUCUUCCUUGUGCGUCGACCGCGUGCGAAUAGACAUCAGUACAUUCCUCUUGUAUAUAGCCAUUUUGUCACCUGUGUACAUACUCUCAGCUAUACUCUCUCUAUACGUGAAAUACUGUCCAUGCCAUGUUUCUGUGUUCAUGGCCAAGCUGCCUCUCUGUCUGUACAUAUGUCCCUACUGUAGCCAUGUGAAUAGCUGCCCUUCACAACUCGUCCGUUUGCGAAUACUAGUCUUGUAGAAAACUGGAAACCGA